UGCAUAACAACAUUAAUUACACACUUUGGUUCAGUUUUUCAAACAUGGGAACCUCUGGCCAAAAAUCUGCAUCACCUCUCUCAGAUCUGAAGGUGACAAUCCACGAAACUUCAACCAUUUUUCCAUCCAAACAAACGGAGAAGAAGUGCUUGUUCCUAUCAAACAUCGACAAGGUAGUAAACUUUGACGUGGAGACGCUUCACUUCUUCGCAGCAAACAAAGCUUUUUCACUCCAAAAGGUGGCUGAGAAGUUGAAGAAGGCCCUGGAGGAUGUUCUUGUUCACUAUUCCUUCUUAGCCGGAAGGUUGAGACAGAAUGCUGAAACCAAAAGAUUAGAGAUAGAUUGCAACGCAAAAGGUGCUGCGUUUGUGGUGGCUUCAUGUAAGCACAAGUUAAGUGAGCUUGGAGACUUGGCUUAUCCCAAUCCAGCUUUUGCAAAAUUGGUUCACAAGAGUAAGGAUAAGGAUCUUCCACUCGCUGUGCAGCUAACAUCCUUUGACUGUGGUGGCUUCGCAAUGGGCUUCACAACAAGCCACGCAGCCUUUGACGGACUUAGCUUCAAAACCUUCUUGGACAACCUUGCUGCACUGGCUGCUAAUAAGCCCAUGCCUGUGAUGCCCUGCCACGACAGGCACCUCCUGGCUGCACGAUCCCCGCCACGUGUAACCUUUGCGCACCCCGAGUUGGCCGAGCUCGAUUACUCACCCAUAGCAUCCACUGAGUCCAAUGUCUUUGAUGCUUCCAAAGGUCCUAAGUCCAAUGUCUUUGAUGUUUCCAAAGGUCUUGAGUCCAACGUCUUUGAUGCUUCCAAAGGUACCGAGUCCAAUGUCUUUGAUGCUUCCAAAGGUACUAAGUCCAACGUCUUUGAUGCUUCCAAAGGUACUGGGUCCAACGUCUUUGAUGUUUCCAAAGGUACUGGGUCCAACGUCUUUGAUGAUUCCAAAGGUACUGAGUCCAACGUCUUUGAUGCUUCCAAAGGUACUGGGUCCAACGUCUUUGAUGUUUCCAAAGGUCCUGAGUCCAACGUCUUUGAUGCUUCCAAAGGUACUAAGUCCAACGUCUUAGAUGUUUCCAAAGGUCCUGAGUCCAACGUCUUUGAUGCUUCCAAAGGUACCGAGUCCAACGUCUUUGAUGCUUCCAAAGAAAAAUUGGACUUUAGGGUUUUCAAACUAACCCCCGAAGACAUUGUGAGCCUUAAGGAGAAAGCAAAGGGAAGCACCAACGACAGCAACACCGGGUUUAACGCUAUCACCGCCCAUAUAUGGCGGUGCAAGGCCUUAUCAGCACCGUAUGACCCAACGGGAUCAUCGACCGUACUAUUCCCCGUGGACAUACGCUCCAAAUUGAACCCUCCGUUGCCAGAAGGCUUUGCAGGAAAUGCUGUGUUAACGGCGUUUGCCACGGCGAAAUACGAGGAGUUGGAGAAGGGUGAGUUUUCAAGGUUAGUGGAGAUGGUGAAGGAGGGUGCAGAGAGAAUGAAUGAUGAGUAUGCGAGGUCUGUUAUAGACCAUGGAGAGCUGUGUGAUGGGUUUCCACGUGGGGAUGUUUUGAUUUCUUCGUGGCAAAGAUUAGGGUUUGAAAAGGUGGAGUAUCCGUGGGGGAAGCCCAAAUAUUGUUGCCCUGUGGUGCAUCAACGGAAGGAAAUUAUUCUGUUGUUUCCUCCCUUUGUCGCAGGUGGUGAUGAUGGGAUCAACAUUAUAGUGGCUCUUCCUCCCAAGAAAUUGGAAAAAUUCGAGAACCUCUUUCACACGUUCUUGCGUUCAGUUUGAUCCAUGUUUUCUUCAUAUGGUCAUCAACAUGUUUAAUUAUAUAUAUAUAUAUA